AUGGACUUCAUCCGCAAAGCGCUCGCGGCCAACUGCCGUCUAGACGGCCGCCGUCUGGAUGCGCAACCAUCUUUGACGGUGGAAUCCAACGUUUCAGAUGUUGCCCAUGGAAGUUGCCGUGUCACUCUGGACGACACGGUGGUCAUCACGACGGUAUCGUUUACUGUUUCUGCGCCGUCCCAGGAUGCUCCCGACGAGGGGACUGUCGAGAUUACCCUCGGAUCGCCGUUCAGCCUUGAGGACGCUGAGGUGUCGCAUAAGCGCGACGAACGUUGGGAGCGCACCCUUGAAUGGCUGCAGUUUCAACGACAGCGUUUUGACCGGCGGCUACUCUGCAUCCUCAGCGGACAGUUCAGCUGGGCGGUGCGACUGCACAGCACAGUACUGCAGCGCGGGGGCGCCUUCCUCGACGCGAUAAGCAUCGGAAUGGUGAUUGCGUUGCGCACCGCUCGCGUACCCAACGUACAGGUGCUCAUCAGAGACGAGCUUGAGCGCUCCAGGCGCGGAGCCAACGUACGCGUGAGGCUUGCCGAGGGGUACAACCUGGACCUGCAGAAACUCGCGCUACAGCUCCCCAUAUGUGUUACCGUCGCCAAAAUAGCCGACUAUCACGUUUGGGCGGUUACGCACGAGGAGGCUGAAUGCGCCGACGGCUUCCUUACCGUGGCGGUGUCGCCAGAAGGGCGCUGCAUAGGCAUGACUGCCGUGGGCUCAUGCUUUCAGCUGCCAUCCAUCGCAACCCUCGUGGAAAAGGCCUGCCGCGUGGGAGUCGAACAGCACCAGUAUAUACUUAGCGCGGUGUAG